UCCCAAGCCCGGCUGAAAAAGGAGGAGGGUUGGGCUUAGGGUUAGCAACCCCAUCCCGUAAAAAACUAUUUGCUACAAAAACACCAACUACAGGAAACACAGACAAUCUUGUCUUGGAAGAGGAGGGUUCUUCAAAUGGAAGAUUUAUGAAGUUUUGUGGCCAAAGCCGAAAGGACGCCACAAAGCAGAGCACCCUUCUCUCUACCAGGAAAAUAAACAUUGGCACAUGGAAUGUCAGGACCAUGUAUGAGCUAAGCAAGGCAGCCCAAGUGGCAGCAGAAAUGAGAAAUAACAAUUUGAGUUUGUUGGGAAUCAGCGAGACAAGGUGGACAGGGGCUGGUCAGUGUCGAUUAUCUACAGGAGAGUUGCUGCUUUAUUCUGGACAUGAGGACAGUGAAGCACUUCACUCCCAAGGGGUUGGUCUUAUGUUGGCUAAACAGGCCCAGAGAGCCCUGAUUGGAUGGGAAGCACAUGGCCCCAGGAUCAUCACAGCUUCAUUCCGUACAAAGAAGAAGAAAAUUGUAAUGAAUGUGGUCCAGUGCUACGUACCAACUAAUGACAGUGAAGAGGGAGAUAAAGAUCAGUUUUAUGAAAGACUGCAGCAGAUCCUCGAGACCUACACAGACAAAGACCUUACUAUCCUUAUGGGCGAUAUAAAUGCCAAGGUCGGAUCCAGUAACAUAGGAUAUGAGCAAAUCAUGGGUACACAUGCUCUGGGAACAAUCAACGAGAAUGGUGAAAGGUUUGUUGAUCUAUGUGCUCUCAACAAUUUGGUCAUUGGAGGCAGCAUUUUUCCCCACAAACGGAUACACAAAAAUACAUGGGUCUCCCCUGACUACACAACAGAAAACCAGAUAGAUCACAUAUGCAUCUGUAGAAGGUUUAGAAGAACAUUACAAGAUGUCAGAGUGAAAAGAGGGGCAAAUGUAGCAUCUGACCAUCACUUGGUGGUGGCUAGACUGAAGCUAAAGCUAAAAAGAACCCAGGUUCAAGAGUCAUCUAGGAGAAUCAAAUACAAUGUUCAUCUAUUGAAAGAUUCUCAGACAAAAGAACAGUUCAACAUUGCACUGAAGAACAAAUUUGAAGUGCUACAAGAACUGGUUGAGGAGGGUGGAGUAAACAGCUCUUGGCAGAAUGUGAAAAAGGCUGUAGACUUAGCUUUUCAAGAGACACUGGGACCUAAAAAGUAUCACCAGAAAGAGUGGAUCACUGCAGAAACACUGGUAAAGAUAGAAGACAGAAAGAGGAAGAAGGCAAAAGUAAACAAAAGUAAAACCAGAGCUUCAAAGAUCAAGGCCCAAGAAGAAUAUGCAGAUGCCCACAGAGAGGUCAAAAGAUGCAUUAAAAUAGACAAGAACAAUUAUGUGGAACAGUUGGCAGUUGAGGCAGAACUGGCAGCUUACAGUGGUAACACAAAAAUGUUGUAUGAUAUCACCAAGCAACUUUCAGGAAAGUACAGUAAGCCAGAGAGACCUGUUAAAGAUAAGCAAGGGAAAACCAUCAAUAGUAUAGAACAUCAACUGAAAAGGUGGGUGGAACACUUUGAAGAACUUCUAAACAGACCGUCACCUCUAAACCCUCCAAUUAUUGAGCCAGCCAAUGAAGAUCUACCAAUCAAUUGUGAAAAGCCAAGCAAGGAGGAGAUCAGAAAAGCCAUCAUCCAAAUGAAAAAUGGGAAAGCGGCAGGACCAGAUAACAUCCCGGCAGAGGCCCUUAAAGCAGACUUAAAUACAUCAGUGGAGAUGUUGUACCCACUCUUUGAAAGAAUCUGGGCAGAGGAAACUGUUCCUUCAGAAUGGAAAGAGAGCCAUCUCAUUAAGCUUCCCAAGAAAGGGGACCUUAGCAAAUGUGACAACUACAGAGGCAUCAAUCUUCUAUCAGUUCCAGGAAAAGUUUUCAACCGUAUCCUUUUGGAAAGGAUAAAGGACACCACUGACAAAAAGCUGAGAGAAGAGCAGGCAGGCUUCCGCAAAAAUAGAUCGUGUAGUGAUCAAAUUGCAACGCUCAGAAUAAUUGUGGAACAGUCAGUUGAAUGGAACUCACCAUUGUAUAUCAACUUUGUUGACUUUGAAAAGGCGUUUGAUAGUGUGGACAGAGAGACACUGUGGAGCCUUCUGAAGCACUAUGGUAUACCAACGAAAAUAGUAAAUUUGAUAAAGAACUCAUACAAUGGUCUAUCAUGCAGGGUUAUACAUGGAGGGCAGCUCUCUGAAAGCUUUCAAGUAAAAACUGGGGUCAGGCAAGGAUGCUUACUGUCACAAUUCCUCUUCCUGUUAGUUAUCGAUUGGAUUAUGAAGAAAUCUACUGCAGGACAGAAAAAUGGGAUCCAAUGGACCCUAUGGAAUCAGCUGGAAGAUCUGGACUAUGCUGAUGACCUCGCCCUCAUCUCUCACAGCCAGCAGCAAAUGCAAAACAAGACAAAUUUGGUGGCAGUUACAGCACUAGAGGUGGGUCUUAACAUUAACAAUCUGAAGACAAAGAUCCUUAAAUUAAACUCCACAAAUACUAACCCUAUCACUCUGCAAGGGAAGCCACUGGAGGAAGUGCAGUCCUUUACCUACCUUGGCAGCAUAAUUGACAAGCAGGGCGGAUCAGAAGCUGAUGUCAGGGCAAGGAUAGGAAAAGCAAGAGCAGCCUUCAUACAGUUAAAUAGGGUCUGGAAAACAAGAGAACUAUCCCUGAUCAACAAGAUAAGGCUGUUUAACUCUAACGUGAAGUCAGUACUGCUGUAUGGGACAGAGACCUGGGGGUUAAACAAGACCACCACUAAAAAACUUCAGACAUUUACAAAUAGCUGUCUCAGGAACAUUCUACGGAUUCGAUGGCCAGACACUAUUAGCAACGCCACCCUUUUGGAAAGGACCAACCAACUUUCGAUUGGGGAAGAAGUUAAGAGGAGGAGGUGGAGAUGGAUCGGGCAUACUCUUCGCAAACCAGCAAACAACAUUACAAGACAGGCGUUGCGCUGGAAUCCUCAGGGGAAGAGAGGAAGAGGCCGCCCACGAAACACCUGGAGGCGAGACUUUGAGGCAGAUGCUAAGCUUAGAGGCUAUACAUGGAACCAAAUAGAACAGCUGGCCCAGGACAAGAUUCGGUGGAGAGCUGUAGUUGGU